AUGGCGCUCGGAAAUGAUAAAGAAGUAAAAAUGGAGGUUGAAAACCCGUCUACUAAUCAAACAGAAGAAGAGAACCGUGUAGAUCCAUUUACUCUGGAAAUCUUGCCUCUUAUAAAAGAAAAUCAGAGUACACACGGUUUACGUCAUGGUGAUUAUCAGAGAUACAGGCAAUAUUGUACAAGGAGGUUAAGACGUCUUUAUAAGACGCUUCAUUUUCAACAAGGUUCAAGGAACAACAUCAAACCAAAGAAAGUGACUGAAAAUGUUGUAAAAGACGUCAAGUUUUUACACAUACCUCUGAUAGAUGCUGAAAGAGCAUGGAGCCAUGCUAUGGAAUUAAAGCUUCUUGCUAACACAGAACCAAGGAAAAGAUUUCAUUUGAUCAGAAGAUUACGUAAUGCUGCCGGYCAUGCUGACAGCUUAGAAAAGCUCUGUCAAGGAAGUCUUUGUGAUGCAAGAACAAAACUAGAAGCUCAGGCUUAUGCAUCGUACAUGAAGGGGAGUGUAAGUUUUGAGCUUCAGAAGUGGAAGGAAGCUUUAGAGUUGUUUGGGAGAGCAAGGACCAUCUAUGAAAAGCUUGCUGGUGCUUUCUCAGAAGAGCACAGGAAUAUGUAUCUUCAAAGAGUUGAGGAAAUCACUCCUAAUAUCAGAUACUGUGCUUACAAUCUUGGUGAAGGUGGCACAGACAUCAAUGAUUUGAUGCAGAUGAGAAUGAGCUCAACUGGUGGUGUCCAAGACCCAGUUCUUGCAGCCAAGAUUGAUGAAGUUUUGGCACAGACUCGAGAGAAAGAAGCAGAGUCCAUGACAGAAGUGACAUGGAGAGGUCGGUCCAUACCUGUCAAGAAUGAGAAAGUGCGUGCAUUUAUUCUGCAUGCACAACAGAUUGCAAGAGAGCUGGACAGUGCAGAGGAUGCGGACAGUAAGAUGAGUAUGUAUGAGGAAUUGUUGAUGGAAAGCAAGGAUGCUUUGCAAGCUGUGAAAGAUGAACUCAAGGGAGAUACAUCUUCAGGAAAACCAAGGUCUCAGAAGAGUGAGACACAGGUAGCCCAACUGCAGUCUCUUCAGUCCUACAUUACCUAUGUAAAACUCAGUAAAACUACUGAUAGAAACUUGCUGAUGGUUGAAGCUAUGAAAAAACAACUUCCUGCAAGUCUGCAAGAUUCUAGUGAGGCUGUUGAGCCUGAUCCAACUAAGAAACUGACUAAACCAGAAGACCUUGUCAGAAUCUAUGACAUUAUCUUACAGACCCUGUCAGACAUGGGUGAAUUACCUGGCGUUGAUGAUGAUAUCGAGAUGAGUAAAGACAUAAGUGCACAAAUACUGCACUUCAAAGCAUACAGGUGUUUUUACAUCGCGAAGUCCUAUUUGCAGGCCAAGAAAUGGCGUGAGGCAGCCAUGUUGUACGACCGCGUGACAAGUCACGCAGAGUCUGCCAUGGAACAUUUUCAGGAAAGUCAAGACUAUCAAUCAAAGCAACGUUUUACAAAGAUGCAGGAACUUGUGUCAUUGUCAAGAGGCGCAAAGUGUUCAGCGCAUGCUUCGUGUAUCUUAGAGGGAGAGACAGUCGUAGAUGACAUGAGCGCCAUUACUCUGCACGAUAAACCUUUAUCAGAUCGACUUGAUGUUUACCACAAAGACCAGUCACUUACMAACAAAAAACCAAAUGUCACAACCUUCCCUCCCGAAUUCCAACCAAUACCGUGUAAGCCGUUGUUCUUUGACUUGGCUCUCAAUCAAGUCGAGUUCCCUUCYUUAGAAGAACGAGUGGAGGCGAAAAAGGCAACAGGAAUCACUGGAUAUUUCAAAGGCUGGCUCUGGGGUGGCUCAAGCUAACGGAUAUUAUCUUCUAUUUUCCUAUGAAUAUCAACUAAUCUAGAGAUGAAGAAAUUUGCGAUCGUGCAGAGACUGACGCAUCAAAAUCAUACCGACUGUGAAAUUGGUCGUCUCUAUCACUUUUAUCCCAUAGGAAAAAGAAUAAAUUAGUCUAUUUUACAGCUAUUUUACCAUUAUCAACGUCGUAAGGACGUUGAUUUUACUCGUUAGGUUUGUGAAGUCAGUAAAUCCAAAAAGAGACAAUUUUAAGGACAUACUUCUUGUAAUAUAUUCCUAUCAUAGAGAAUAUAUUCAUACGGUGAAUAAAGCAAUCGUUCAAAAAAA